AUGAUGGGGCUCGUGCUGGCUGUCUGGAGGGUCCUCGUGGACGUGGCCGCCUUCUGGCACAAGAAGCUCUUGAGCUGGUACACGCGCAAGAACCCCGUCCAGCUGUGGCUCGAGCUGCUGCGCAAUGCCGAGACGUUUGAGGACUGGGAAGAGGCGGCGCUGCAUCUCGACAAUUUGCUGGGGCUGGACCUGUGGAGAAACAACCCGACGUCCAAGUACUACGACUGGGCGCUCAUCGCGGAACGCCUCGACUCGCUCGCCGUGGCGCGAGAGGAGCACAACUAUGAACAGCUCGUCAACCUCCUCCGAUCGGGCCUCGUCCGCAACCUCGGCAACAUUGCCGUGCCGAAACUCUACAACCGAUCCUUCUCCGGGACCAAGUAUCUGAUCGAGGAGUACAUUGCCCAGGUGGCAGAGUCGGUCGAGGACAUCAGCGCUCUGCCGACGAGCGCGGCCUCGAGCCUGCACCCCAACGAGAAGGCGUUGACGAACCAGAUGAAACUGGACUUUAUCCACGACACGAGGCAGGCGUUUGGGCGGACGACGCUGGUCCUCCAGGGCGGCGCCAUCUUUGGCCUGUGCCAUCUGGGCGUCGUCAAGGCCUUGUUUCUCAGGGGCUUGCUGCCGCGCAUCAUCACCGGCACGGCCACUGGCGCGUUGAUUGCUGCGCUGGUGGCAAUCCACACCGAGGAUGAGCUUCCGGCCGUUCUUCGAGGGGAUGGCAUUGAUCUCAGCGCCUUUGCAUCCAGGGGAUCGAGGUGGGAGACGCUCAUUCGGAGGAUUCGACGGUUUACGCGAGAGGGUUACUUCCUGGAUGUCACCGUGCUUGAAGACUGUGUCAGGGCGAAUGUUGGCGACUUGACCUUUGAGGAGGCGUACAACCGCAGCAAGAGGGUGCUCAACAUCACGGUGGCGACGGAUGGCCAAGGGGCUGGCGUUCCAAGUCUUCUGAACUACAUCACCGCCCCGAACGUGCUGAUUUGGACGGCCGCCGUCGCCUCCAAUGCGUCUUCGCCAUCCCUAUACGGGCGCUCCAAGGCCACCAUCCUGUGCAAAGAUGCCCAUGGCAACAUUGUUCCCUGGGCCCCGGCCAACACGACCGACUUCCGCCACUGGACGCAUGCCUCGUACACGGAUCGCGACUCGCCCCUGAGGCGGAUUGCCGAGCUGUUCAACGUGAACCACUUCAUCGUCAGCCAGGCAAGGCCGUAUCUCAUUCCCUUCUUGCAGUCCGACAUGCACGGGCCGUCUCUGGUGGAAACCAGAAGCAAGAGCACGCAGCUCUCGGCGUUCCUGGUCCGCAUGGUGGGCCUCGAGAUCCGGCAUCGGCUGCGGCAGCUCGACUCCCUCCGCCUCAUGCCUGCAAGCAUCCGCCGCUUCCUAGUGGACGAACAAGUGCCGGCGGCGUCGAUGACGCUGGUCCCGGAGGUGACUGCCGGCGACUUCAUCCGCUUGCUCGAGACGCCCACGCGGGACACGCUGAACUAUUGGAUCCUGCGAGGCGAGAGGAGCGUGUGGCCGGCGGUGGCGGCGCUGCGGAUACGCUGUGCUGUGGAAAACGAGCUGGAUCGGUCGUAUCAGCAGGUUCGGAAGCUCAAGGCGGGUGACUUGCGGCGCAAGGGAAGCAUGGCGGCGUUUGCCGAUAAUGGGCGUUAG